GCAGUGCAACUGCUGGCCCUUCCACCCAUGGGCAAACUGAGGCUCAGAUGUUAAUAACUGGCCACAGGACACAGCUGGUCCCGAGUGGGCUGAAACCAGGUUGGAACGCCCUGGACACCCAGUGUGAGGACAGUCACCACAUCCAGCCCCCUCCCAGGGGACCUUCUGCAGCACACUUCCUCUUUCGUCAGCACUGGGCAUUCAGACAUCACUGGGCUCUUUGGUCCCCAGGAAGAAGGCGCUUGGACCAAGCCCGCCCAUCUCCCUUUCAUGCAAGGGGCUGGGGAGGCUGCUGGCGGCCUGGUCACAAGAGCUGUCUAGCCGAGGCUCCGCUUUAAUAUUUGGAACAAGCACCCUCUCCAUGUCAUCUGUGGGGCCCCAGCUCUGAAAGGUGGCGGGGGCCAUUGUCAGGGAGCUGGGGUCUGACCCGAGUCCCUCCGCCGGGGACAGGACAGGGCAGGCCAGGAGGCACAGCUCGGCCACCUCAGCCCCACUCCCCAGCCAGAUGCCUCCCCCCUGGGCCCCUCCUCCAGGGCCAGGGUGGGGACAUCACGCUCUUGUGCCGCCCCGCUCCCCAGGCCUGUAUCCGCUCCUGCUUCCAAGACCACAUGAUUCAGAACUGCACCUGCGGCCACUAUCUGUACCCACUGCCCCCGGGGGAGAAAUACUGCAACAACCAGGAGUUCCCAGACUGGGCGUAUUGCUACUCCGAGCUGCGCAGGAGCCUGGACCAGAGGGAGUCCUGCAUCCGGAUGUGUAAGGAAUCCUGCAAUGACACCCAGUACAAGAUGACCAUCUCCAUGGCCGACUGGCCUUCUGAGGCCUCGGAGGACUGGAUUUUCCAUGUCUUGUCUCAGGAGCGGGACCAAAGCACCAAUAUCACNGGGAAGACCCCGGAACUUCACAUCCAUCUUCCAUCCUGA